UUGCAAUGGAAUACGUUUUUUCUCAUAUUUCAGAGGAGCAGUUCAGCUAAAGCGGUAUUUGCUUCACUGGGAGCCGGAGCAUUAGCUGGUGCUAUUGCUAAAACAACAAUUGCGCCGCUGGAUCGCACCAAAAUCAAUUUUCAAAUUUCCAGGACGCGCGGCUAUUCGUUAAAAUCGGCAAUUCGAUUUAUCAAGCUCAGUUAUCAAACAACCGGCUUCCUGUCGUUAUGGAGGGGCAACUCAGCAACGAUGGCACGAGUCAUCCCGGAGAGGACCCCGAUGAAGCGCCUUAUUGCUGGAUCAUUAGCAGCAGUUGUCGCUACAACAUGUACAUAUCCACUUGAUACCGCUAAAGCACGUCUUGCCACUUCGACUUCGAAAGAAUAUAGCUCCUUAUUAUCUGUUUUUAUCAAAGAUUAUCGAAGAUUCGGUAUUAGGUCAUCUUACAGAGGUUUAAUUCCGACUCUGAUGGGUGCAAUACCGUAUGCCGGUGCCAGUUUCUUUACUUUUGAAACUCUUAAAUUAUUCUAUAAUGAAAGAACGGGUGAUGAAGUGCCUGCCAUGCUGCGCCUUCAGUUCGGUGCAUUUGCGGGUCUUAUUGGUCAGUCGUCCUCUUAUCCGCUAGAUAUUGUGCGACGUCGAAUGCAGACCGGUAUUAUUCCUGCGGGACAAAAUGUAUUAUAUAGUAUGUAUGAGAUAUGGCUCACCGAGGGCAUCAAAAGAGGCCUUUACAAAGGCUUGAGCAUGAAUUGGAUCAAGGUACUUUUUUUAUGCGUUUUGUGUAUCUAUGCAAUGCAGAAAACGCAUAUUGACGAGAGGUUGUAUGUGUAUAUGCAUAUGUUUGUGUGUCUGUAUGUAUGUGUGUGUUUGUGUGUGCGUGUGUCUCUGUGUGUGCGCUGCGUGUCUCUACUGAUUUUUCAUCUCGAAACUUACAAAAGCUACAGAGCUGAAACUUGGGGAACAUGCGUGUAUGGGCCUCCAUCUCCGAAAUGGGCGCUCUUACCCGCGUGGUACUCACGUACGGGCCAGCCAAAAUUUUUUUGGGGUAAGUUGUUAACUCGGCAAUCUUGAAA